GUUUCUAUAAAAAGGCCCAUUUCUAAUAAACCAUUUCUAAAGGUGAAAUAUCUACACUCCUCUUAGUAGCUCUUUCCACUGACUCACAUUUUUCUCACAGCUCCAGCUUAGCCAUGGGAAAAUUUCUAAUACCCUUCUUCAUUUUGGCCUCUCUCGCCAUCCCAGUAGAAGUCACUGCUACAACAAUGACAAUGUACAACAAAUGUAGCCACCCAGUUUGGCCAGGGAUACAGCCAAGUGCAGGAAAGCCGGUUCUGGCUCGUGGAGGGUUCAAGCUGCUCCCAAAUAAGGCUUACAGGCUUAGCCUACCGGCUGGGUGGUCCGGUCGAGUCUGGGGUCGGCAUGGCUGCUCUUUUGAUGCAUCUGGACACGGGCGCUGUGCUACUGGGGACUGUGGUGGUGCGCUCUUUUGUAAUGGCAUUGGUGGGACCCCUCCAGCUACACUCGCUGAGAUUACUCUGGGUAAUGACCAAGAUUUCUAUGAUGUGAGUCUCGUAGAUGGCUACAAUCUUGCCAUCUCUAUUACUCCAUUCCGGGGCAAAGGGAAAUGUAGCUAUGCAGGUUGUGUGAGUGACUUAAACACAAUGUGCCCAGUGGGUCUACAAGUGAAAUCUCAUGACAAGAGGCAAGUUGUUGCUUGUAAAAGUGCCUGCGCUGCUUUCAAUUCUCCAAGAUAUUGUUGCACUGGUACUUUUGGUAAUCCACAAUCUUGUAAGCCAACUGCUUACUCAAGAAUUUUCAAGACUGCUUGUCCAAAAGCUUACUCUUAUGCUUACGAUGAUCCCACUAGUAUUGCCACUUGCACUGGUGGUAGCUAUUUGCUCACUUUCUGUCCUCACCAUUAGUACUCUUUUUUUUUUUUUUUUUCAACUCUUAUUAUUAGUAGUAUCAAGUCAAAUAUAUAGUCGUGAUUUUAGUCUUCACCUUUUCUCUCUAGGUCAGAUUCCUAGCUAGUAUAUUGUAUUAUUAUCAUCAUUAUCACUGGUGCUACACUCUUUAUUUAAAUUGGUAGCAGUUAAGUGUUUUUGGUUUUGUUGAA